UUAGUUCACAUGCGUUGUCAACAUAGUUCUUUAGUUUUAGCAAGGCUCUGACAUUCACUGCUGACAACAAAGARAUUGGCUUCUUCUAUCUGCAUCACAGCGGUAUUUACCUAUAUCAACACACGUUUACAGCAGGUGUGUGAGACAGGCCAUCAAGAAGCGACAGGUUGAUAGAACGAGCAGGACAAGAUGUCRUUCCAWCAUUCUCAAUACAACGGGAUAAAUGGCGACGUUGUGACACAGCAUUCAAUGUCUCCUACAUCUCCAACUGGUAUAGGACGAUCUAGUAGUUUCAACAGUUCUAAUAUCAGAAGCUCUCAAUAUAUCGCACACGCUGAAAAAGAUUGGAUCGAGAUUCAGAAAAAUACUUUCACCAACUGGUGCAACGAACAAUUGAGAAAUUCUGGCAUUGUWAUCAMCGAUCUAGCGUCGGCAUUUGAAGAUGGGAUAACCAUUGUCUAUCUGGUMGAAGCUGUUUCGAUGAAAAAAGUUGGAAGAUGGACAAAAAACCCUAAAAUGUACGCACAGAAACUUGAAAAUACAACGGCAGCGCUCAAAGUUCUGGAACAAGAUGGRAUCCAGCUUGUCAAUAUUGGCAACGAAGACAUCGUCAAUGGCAAUAUCAAGCUUAUUYUGGGUCUCAUAUGGCGACUUAUUCUUCACUAUCAAAUCAGCUCUAGUGGUAGUACUUCAGGUAAACAACUACUUCUUCUCUGGCUAAAGAACGCCCUCCCAGAUUUGACCAUCAAGAACGUCACAACCAGYUGGAAUGAUGGGAUAGCUCUCAGUGGUUUGAUUAACUUUUGCCGUCCGGGACUCAUGCCAAAUUAUCAAUCACUGGAUCCAAAUGACAAGCUUCGUAACGUUACAGUAGCAAUGARAACWGCAGAAGAAAAGCUUGGCAUCCCACAGAUUUUAUCCCCAGAAUUCUUCAUUAAUCCCAACGUGGACGAGCUAAGUAUGAUGACGUAUUUGUCAUUCUUCACCCAACCGGGRUCCCCAGGAGAGAGACGUACACUUGAGAUCAUUAAUGGUGAUGCCCCAGAGCUCCGUGCCAGGAAUUUCAAUACUGAUUGGAGCAGCGGACAGAGACUGGGUUUGUACUUGGAAUCAAGGUGUCCAGGAAUCAUUCCAGAUUAUGAUGAAUUUGAAAGGAUGACACCUGUACAACGAGCGGACAAAGGUCUAAACGCCGCAGAAGAAAAACUUGACGUCAAAAAGGUGUUAACAGGAAAAGAAAUGACAAGUCCAGACGUAGAUGAGUUGAGCGURAUGGCCUACAUGUUACAAUUCCGUAACUGCGCUCAACUGAAAAGCCAUGCCUCCGCGUUCAAUGCCGAGGGACCUGGUCUUAGGCGUGCAAUCACCGGAAGAACAUCUGAGUUCCAUUUGUAUGGACGAAGAGACCUGGGGGUUGAAAACUCAAAGAUACAAAUUAUCGGCCCAGAUGGAAAAGAUGUCCCAGUAACAGUGAGACAAACUCUUGAUGGACUAAAGUGCCAGUAUACCUCCAAGACGUCCGGUCCACACCAAAUAUCCAUCACUCACAUGGGUAAACACAUUCCUUCCAGUCCUUACAAUGUCCAGUCAGUUGAUGACGUUAGUGAAACCAUGGUAACAGGCCAAGGUCUUAAGAACGCCCUGGUUAUGAAACCAGCAGAGUUCACCAUUACCAUGUCCACCCCUACCAAUGCUCCAGUGACAGCGACAGCAGAGGGUCCAACUAGAACAAUCCCAGUUGACAUCACCAAGCAAUAUGACGGCAGCUACAAAGCAAGGUUUACUCCUCGUGAGAUUGGCGAACACAAGAUUUCUGUGAUGGUUGGUAACAGUGUCCUUCCAGGAUCCCCUUUUACAUCUAAAGUUGGCGACCAUACCAAAGUUCUACUCACGCCUAAAGACACCCACAGCCCUCAGCUUGGUAAACCAGUCACAUUUGAAGUAGAUACAACCCAGGCAGGUCUUGGUGAGUUGGCUAUCAAAUGCAAAGGACCCAACGGCGGGAUCCCUGUGGAUGUGCGUGGCACAUCACGUGGUAAAUACCUCGUGUCGUACACGCCUACUACAAGUGGCGAGUAUUUGACUCAGUGUACGUUUAACGGAGAAGAAAUCCCAUCCAGCCCCAAUAGAUCCAUCGUAGGGGAUCCUAAUCAAGUCKCAGCACACGGAGAAGGCUUGUAUCAAGUCGCUACGGAAACGCAAGGAGAAUUCUUUAUUACGUUCAAAGGCGCUGCAAAGGAUGGUAUUGAGGUGUAUGGUGAAGGCCCACGAGGACGUUUUGAUUGUAAACUCGUUGAAAACCCAAGAGAAAGAGAUUCUUACAGCGUUUACUAUACGCCACAAGGUAUUGGAUUGCACAAGAUUAAUGUACUCUAUCAGAACCAGCCUGUACGUGGAAGUCCUUUCAUUGUCAAAGUAGCUGACCCAUCCAAAGUCAAAUUUGUUCCCAAACCAUUCGCCGACGGCAAGGGAUAUGUGAUCCGUCGCGAUGUAGAUAUCCCUGUCGAAGUUCCUCGAGAGGCUGGCGAAGGUAUAUUGGAAGCAGAGGUUGUCGAUCCAGAUUUGGAGACAGUCCCCUCGUCUGUAACCACAGAGAGUGAUGGUUACCGCCACAUUAGGUUCAGACCAACUAGACGCGGUAUUCAUCGAGUUGUCGUAAAGUACGGAAAUAAGGAAGUCACAGGUAGCCCYUACCAAAUCAAGGUUGGGGAUCCGAAAAGCGUUAGAGUUAGAGAAUCGGUCCACCAAAGACAAGGGUUUAAAACAUCAAGCGAGAUUGACAUCCCCAUCGAAGUGCCUCCGGAUGUCGGAGAAAUUUCAGCCACGGUCAAGGGGCCUAAUAACGAGUUCGUUGAUGCAUCCACUAAAAUCGAAAACGAUGGUCUCUACCACAUUCGCUUCCUUCCAAUCCGAGCAGGGAGGUAUACCGUGGACGUUUUAUGUGCCGGGCACCAUAUUGAAAAUAGUCCAAUGGUCAUGAAUGUCAUGGAAGAAUCAAUGAAAGUCAAGCUGAAAGAGUUCGAAAAACAGGAUGCGAUUAGAUACCGAAUCAACCAGCCUUUGGAAGUUCCAAUGCAAAUCCCGAUGGAGGUGAAGGAUGUGACAGCCCAUGUCAGGGGUCCUCACGGGGAACACGUCCUUUCGUCCUUUACCAGGGAAGCGGAUGGAGAUUACUAUCUACGCUUCACACCCCACAAAAAAGGGACCUACACUGUUGAUGUCAAGUGUAAGGGCAAAUCAGCGGAGGGAAGCCCUUUCAGCAUUCACGUGGGAGAUCCUAGCAGCACCCUUGUACGUAUGCGUCAAGCCGAGGCCGAAAGAACACAGUACAUCGCUCAACGAGAGCUUGAUAUCACCUUUGAUAUCCCAGAAGACCACUGGGACGUGACAACGCUCGUCCAGGGACCUGAUGACGAAAUCUUACCUUCGUCAUCAUCACGUGUCGUCAAAUCUGAAGAUGGCUAUUACCACGUGAGGUUCACGCCCUACAGACAAGGGGUAUACAAGGUUCAUGUUCGUUGCGACGGAGAACCAGUCGAAAGCAGUCCUUUCCUCAUCACGGUCGGGGAGCCUGAACCACUUCAGGUGCAACACGUUACGAGUCAGGAGCUUUACUCUGAGCAAUACUCUGAAAGCUUUUUCACCAACGAGGUYGACUUUGCUGUGGAGAGUUCCGCUGACAUGGAUGAUCGACUAUUCAGAGCCAAUGUUGAGGAUCCUGACGGACGGAACCAACAUUGUAGCUUGACACGUGAUUAUAACGGACGACGUCACAUAAAAUUCCAACCACGCCGUCCUGGACAGUACAAGGUAUUCGUGUACUACUCGGACGAGCUGAUCGAAGGCGCACCAUUUGUAGUGAACGUAGUCGACGAGAGUCGUGUUCGUGUCGAGAUUGACGAACGCACCGAGCAAUACGAAGCUUACCAAGAAGCUGAUUUUAAGAUCGUCACUCCACCAAACACUCGUAUGGAACAGCUAAGUGCACGUGUCAAUGAUCCCCAUGGCAACGAUGUCCCAUGUUCCAUUGCAAGAGGACGUGACAAUAGUAAUUACCACGUGAGAUUUAUACCAAGUACAACUGGUCCUCACCUAAUGCAUGUGUACUAYGAUAAMAAUGAGAUCCAAGGUUCKCCAUACACCAUUAACAUCCUUCAAGGACGUUUAACCGAAGAACAACUGGCAAGAAAAGUUGUGGCUUCCGGAACAGGCACUAAGAAAGCAUUUGUCGACGAACGAUCUCAAUUCACCGUCGAUACSAGUGAAGGUGGCGAGGGACGACUUACAGGAAGAAUGUAUAGUUUUAACGACAAGGCUGACGUGGAUAUCGAGAAAAGAWCUAAUGGAAUGUACAAUUGUUCGUACGUAGCGCAUAGUGCUGGGCCAUAUACCAUGCAUAUGUUCUGGAACAAUAAAGAAAUUCGUGACAGCCCMUUCAAAGUGGACGUCCAYGAUUCCAUGUCAUCCAAGAAAAGCUACUGCAGGUUUCAAGGCGACGCGUUGGGUGAAUACGGUGCUUAUGUUCACCAGUGGAUGAAGUUCUGGAUUGACACCAACGGUCAAGGGGAAGGUCCGCUGUACGUGAGGUGCUGCGGACCAACCGAAGACUGUGAAGUCAAAAUCUACGAUAAUCAAGAUGGUACAUAUGAUAUACAGAUCUACCCAAAAGAGGUUGGAAAACAUGAACUCCACGUCUCUUGGGGUAAACGUGUUGUACAUGGAAGUCCUUUCAUUAUCCAAGUGGGGCAGGCACCAGACCCCAGUCAAGUAUUUGCCUAUGGGCCUGGGCUCGAACAUGGUAUGCUUGAAAGCUUCCAAGGAAACUUCCUGGUUGAGACCAAAGGCGCAGGUCCAGGUACCUUAAAGAUUCGUAUUCACGGCCCAAAGGGAGCCUUCAAGGUGGAGAUGUACCGCAACAGCGUCAAAGAGAAAAGGCUUAUUGGAGUGCGUUACAAUCCUAACGAAUGCGGUCGCUAUACCAUUAACGUGAAAUGGGCUGAUCAACACAUUCCUGGCAGCCCCUUUGAAAUCCAUGUUGUCGACACACAACAAGAAUACGAUUCACUCAGCGAACUUCACGAUAAUGUUGUUCAACAUGGAAGGGGAGAAUCAAUACAUUUGUGAUAACAUCAUGUGUUGCUAUGAUACCAUCGUGUAUAUGAAAUUCCUUGCUUGUUCACCAUCUGAUUGAUACAUUGUCCUGGUGAAAUCAUUACUGGGAACUAGAGAGACCAACUACUUGGUACCAAUAAAUAGCUUUCUUCAGCAAAUAUACAUUACAUGGCACAGAUAUUUGAUAUAARACAAGGCUAACUGGCUACCAAAACCAUAGCUUAAGUUAACUAAAUAUACACUUGUAAAAUAAUACACUUGAAUGCUCCUCUUGUUACCCAAAUAUGAGUCGAUAAAUACAAAUUGUUUCAUUAAGAUGAUUUUUUUAUCAUUUAGAGUGUUAAAUCAAUUUAUUAGGAUUCUGUAUUUCAAGUAAACUUCACUCUAUACUCAUCCUUUACAUUUACAAUUAUUUUGUAUCUCAAGUUUUAGACAUAAAAUGUUAAAGUACGAUGACAUCAUCAYAUAGGGGCCUAGUUGCUAAAUAUUGAACAGAUAAUGCUAAACAUGUCAGUGAUUUAUGAAAGCUUUUUGUAAAAGCUCACUGCAAUAGUCUUAGUAAACCCUCUGGGCUUUGGGCAUCAGCCAAACUCAGAAAAUGGUGCAAAUACACCUCAAUGAUAUGCAUAAUAUGCAGGUGUUAUAUUUAGAAUCACAUUAUGGUAAGCUAUUGCAUCAUUGCUGUAUCUCAUGCUAGAAAUGCUUUUAGGGAGGGGAUGCACAGGAUUGCUUACUGCAAAACUUGCUAUGAAAGAGUCAUAAGAUGUGUYCAAAGGCUACCAUCUUAGAGUGUGAGCGCACCCCCUGUAUAUGCCAAAGGCUGUAUUCUAAUUUCUUAUUUUUAAGCAAAUAUUGUAUACAUUUAUAUAAAUAUUGUAUCAGUAAAUAUUUUACAGUUAAAAACAUUUGUAAUCAUACGUGGAUUCAGUCAAAAUAAAGUUCGUUAAAAAUU